UUUCGGGUUUUAGGAAAGCUGCAUCCUCCUGGGCGGGGAGGACUACAUUUCCCAGCAUGCCGCGGGCGGCCGCCAUGUUGCAUCGCGUCACUUCCGCUGCUGCUACGCUGACUCGGCCUUGCCCUGGGCGCCGAGGGGCAGAGACGAUGAAGCUCCUGAUUCUCGCCGUGUUUGCCCUGUUUUACGUGGUGCGCUGUGAGGAAGGUGCCAGGCUCCUGGCCUCCAAAUCUCUGUUAAACAGAUACGCAGUGGAGGGCAAGGACUUGACGUUGCAGUACAACAUCUACAAUGUUGGCUCUAGUGCUGCUUUAGAUGUGGAGCUGUCGGAUGAUUCUUUCCCCCCGGAAGAUUUUGGCAUUGUCUCUGGGAUGCUCAAUGUCAAGUGGGACAGGAUUGCUCCAGCGAGUAACGUGUCCCACACUGUGGUUCUGCGGCCUCUCAAAGCUGGUUACUUCAACUUCACCUCUGCUACCAUCACAUACCUGGUGCAGGAGGGCGGACAGGUUGUGGUUGGUUUCACUAGUGCUCCAGGGCAGGGAGGCAUCUUGGCUCAGCGUGAGUUUGACAGGAGGUUCUCCCCUCACUUCCUGGACUGGGCAGCUUUUGGUGUGAUGACCCUGCCCUCCAUCGGGAUCCCACUGCUGCUGUGGUACUCGAGCAAGAGGAAGUAUGACACCCCCAAGACCAAAAAGAACUGAGCAAAGCCACCAGCACCCCAGAGCUCGGGAAAGAAGCCACCCAGAACAGCAGGGAUCAGUAACAGUCACCCUGCCAAGCACCGCCCUGUCGGCAAGAGGGAAUCCAGCACUUCAACAGCAGCGAUGUGUUGUCUUCUACAUUUUAAGAAAGAAACAAAUGAAAAAGAACCCAACUGGAAAUCCCAAACUGCCUUGUCUGUGUGUUUGGAGCAGAGGCCCCUCGCUUCGUUGCAGACAGUGCUGGUGCCUCUGUGCUGUGACCGAGGGGCGCAGCUCCGCAGCGUCUCUGAGGCCUGCGCUGCCUUCCAGCCUCCAUUUGGCCCAGUGGCUCUUUGCCCGCUGCAGUCUUCACAACCGAAUUAAAUCUCAGGGCCCCCUUCUCCCACGUGCUGCCUGCCUCGCUGAAACAUCUGCGGGAAGGAGCUCUAGUGACAAAACCAGAGCUCCUUUUGCUAGAGGCUUCUCAGAGCUGCUGUUUUUUCAGGUGGGGUGCAGGAGGUCCCUGUUGAUGCUUGUUCUCUCGGAAGCCCCGCUGUGUUUCGGUGAGCGCUUCGUUGCUGUGUUUCUGUUCUUUCUGGUUGCUCUGUUAAGGGUUGAGCUGUGUUGAGGUACUGAGGAUUUUUUUUAAUAAAAGAAACACCAUGAAAGAA